CAGUAAAUAUUACAACUUAUUUAUUUACUUUAAAUACUCAUCUGCUCUUCUUAAAUAGUACACUGCACUGCCAUACUAUACUUCUCCAAGCUCCAAUGGCGGCCUUGCAGGUUUCCCCAUUUCAUCUUCUACUGCUUUUCUCCCUUUUCCUCUUCCUUCUUCCUAACUUCGCCCUAAAAUCAGCCGUCGCCGCUGUAACACCCAAUAAAAUAGGCAAUGGGUACCGUCUGAUUUCCGUCGGCGAUGCUCCCGGCGGCGGCAUUCUCGGCAUCCUUCAAGUCAACACCAAAACCCAAAUUUACGGCCCCGAUAUACCUUUCUUGCAGCUCUAUGUGAAACAUGAAACAGAGGACCGUUUGAGAGUCCAUAUAACAGACGCGAAGAAGAAACGAUGGGAAGUUCCGUACAAUUUAUUGCCGAGACAAAGUCCUCCGCCGCCGAGACGUACCGUCGUUUUCCCCAAAAACAACAAAACUUUUACAGAGUAUUCCGGGUCGGAGCUGAUUUUCAGCUAUUCCGCUGACCCCUUUAGCUUUGCGGUGAAGAGGAAAUCAAAUGGGGAGACUCUUUUCGAUUCUAGUUCCGACGAAUCCGACCCGUUUAACAGCUUAGUGUUUAAGGACCAAUAUCUAGAAAUUUCGACUAAAUUGCCGAAAACUGCAGCGUUGUACGGGUUGGGAGAGAACACACAGCCCAAAGGGAUGAAACUACAACCCAAUGAGCCUUACACUCUUUACACAACCGAUGUGGCGGCGGUGAAUUUGAACACCGACCUUUACGGGUCCCAUCCGGUAUAUAUGGACCUGAGGAACGGCGGUGGCGGCGGAGAAGCGAAGGCUCACGGGGUAUUGAUUCUGAAUAGCAAUGGGAUGGAUGUGUUUUACAGAGGGAAUUCAUUGACGUAUAAGAUAAUCGGCGGUGUUCUUGAUUUCUACUUCUUUGCGGGGCCUUCGCCGUUGAGCGUCGUUGAUCAAUAUACUGCAUUAGUGGGCCGGCCGGCACCCAUGCCUUAUUGGGCUCUCGGGUUUCACCAGUGCCGAUGGGGCUACCGAAAUCUCUCCGUCGUCGAAGACGUCGUGGAGAAUUACAAAAAGGCCAAAAUCCCUCUCGAUGUAAUUUGGAACGACGACGAUCACAUGGACGGCCACAAAGAUUUCACUCUUAAUCCCAUCAGUUAUCCUCAUCCAGCUCUCUCAUCGUUUCUCAAAAAAAUCCACAGCUCCGGCAUGAAGUACAUUGUCUUAAUCGACCCUGGAAUUGCCGUCAAUUCAACUUAUCCUGUUUACCAAAGAGCUCUAGCCAAAGACAUCUUCAUCAAACACGAUGGCCACCCUUACUUGGCCCAAGUUUGGCCCGGCCCCGUUCACUUCCCGGACUUCCUCAAUCCUGCCACUGUCUCCUGGUGGGUCGACGAGAUUCGUCGCUUUCACGAUCUUGUUCCGGUUAACGGCCUUUGGAUCGAUAUGAAUGAAGCCUCAAACUUUUGUACUGGAAAAUGCACGAUUCCGGUGGGGAAACAGUGCCCCAAUGCCACUGGUCCUGGGUGGAUUUGUUGUUUGGAUUGUAAAAACAUGACGGACACAAAAUGGGACGACCCACCUUACAAAAUCAACGCAUCAGGAUUGCAAGUUCCAAUUGGGUACAAAACAAUCGCCACUAGUGCCGUUCAUUACAAUGGUAUUUUGGAAUAUGACGCUCACAGUCUCUAUGGAUUUUCACAAGCAAUCGCUACACACAAAGCCCUUCAAGGGUUGGAAGGAAAACGCCCCUUUGUUCUUUCACGCUCCACGUUCGUCGGUUCCGGAAAAUACACCGCCCAUUGGACCGGUGAUAAUCAAGGGACAUGGCCGGAUUUGAAAUACUCCAUUUCCACUGUCCUCAAUUUUGGUAUUUUUGGUAUCCCAAUGGUGGGAUCAGAUAUUUGUGGGUUCUAUCCAGCGCCGACAGAAGAGCUCUGUAAUCGUUGGAUUGAAUUGGGUGCUUUUUAUCCUUUCUCAAGAGAUCAUGCUAAUUUCUAUUCUCCUAGACAAGAGCUUUAUCAAUGGGAAUCGGUGGCUAUUUCUGCUAGAAAUGCAUUGGGAAUGAGGUACAAGAUUUUGCCAUAUCUUUACACUUUGUCGUUUGAAGCUCAUGUCAAAGGUGCCCCAAUUGCAAGGCCGAUUUUCUUCUCGUUCCCAAAUUACGCCGAAUGUUAUGGAGUUAGCACACAAUUUCUUUUAGGGAAGAGCUUAAUGAUUUCUCCUGUGUUAGAGCAGAACAAAACAGAGGUCACUGCUCUGUUUCCGCCGGGGACUUGGUACGAUUUGUUUAAUAUGACGAACGUGAUUGUGUCCAAAAAGGGACGCUAUGUGACACUCGAUGCGCCACUUCAUGUGAUAAACGUUCAUUUAUAUCAGAAUGCCAUAUUGCCGAUGCAACAGGGUGGGAUGCUUUCUAAGGAAGCUCGAGCAACGCCAUUUAGCCUCAUUGUCACUUUCCCCGCCGGCGAAGACGGUGAGGCUAGAGGAGACCUGUUUCUCGACGAUGAUGAGCUACCGGAGAUGAAAAUUGAAAAGGGUACUUCGACGUAUGUGGAAUUUUAUGGUGUUAAGACCAAGGGUCGUGUGAAGAUAUGGUCGGAAGUAGCGGCGGGGCAGUUUGCUUUAGACAAGAAGUUGAUUGUUGAGAAGGUUACGGUAUUGGGGUUAGAUGGAAGUGGGAAGGCGAAAGAGGUCUUUGUUAAUGGAGCUCCGAUGGCGGCCGGAGUUUUGGCCUCGACGGUUGACCAAAAUUUACAGGAGCCAUUGGGAGAAGAGGGUGAGAGAGGAAGAAGUUUGAUGGUUGAAGUUAGUGGUUUGUCGUUGCCGAUUGGGAGAAGCUUCGAUCUAUCUUGGAAAAUGGGUUCUUGAAUUUGGAAGUGUUGGUUCUUGUUUUUCUGUCACUCACCUUCUUCACUCGUAUUUCUCCUUUUCAUUGUUAUGUAACAUUGGGCUCGUGAUUGGGCCUUUGAAAUCUUUAUGAUUUGGGCCUGGGCAAAUAUCUAUAAUAGAGCGCCGAAAAAACGACGUAUUGCCACCUCA